CUCGAAAAAACUCAGCAAAGCACACCCACACAAUUAGUUUGUUUCAAUCUGUGGAAUACGAAGGUUUGCGAGUCCCAGUGAACAUAAUAAACUUUGAGAUUUAUGUUUAUAACCAAAAAUUUUGUACUUUUCGUAAUAUUACUUACAAAUUUAAAUUCUUGUUUUUUGUAAUUCCAAUAUGUAAAUUUCGGAAAGAUUUGUGAUGAGAGUUAAACAACAGCAAGAGCCAUCUGCAUACAAAAUCUAAUAAAAAAGCGCCUUCCCCUACAACUUUUGAGAUAAGGGCAUAAUGGAUAAAGGGCCCCCACCCUCGUAUCAGGAGGCAAUAGGCUGGGGACCGAAUAUAUCGGCGAAUGAAAGUACCAGAGCAGUGACCACUGAGGAGACGCUGGGCCGCACUUCGACGCACAUGCUCUGUCCAUCGUGCCAUGCCGAGAUCUUGACGACCAUCAUCACCCGGGCCGGAGUGUUUACCUACGUGGCCUCGUUCUUCAUUUGCCUGUUCACCUUCGGACUGGGCUGCUGCCUGUACCCUUUCUGCAUCGAUGACUGCAAGGUGGUACACCACUACUGCCCCAACUGCAUGGAGUCUCUGGGUCAGUCGGCAGAUUUGGAUCUGGACUAGUCAAUGAGUUCACCAUAACCGACAUUCGUCGUCUAUUAUUUUUGUCGUAGUGAUUAUAAUAUAUAUGAAGCCACAAAUAAGUUUCGAUUUUUAGCCUGAUUUCUGUUACAUUGUCACUUGGAAAUGCCAUUAAAUAAAAUAUGUCUACAUAUUAAAGAAAAGUUGCUGAU